UCAGGUAUUGCGUCCUGUAAACAUACAAAGAAAAUCCAUAUCCCAGGAUGCAGUGGUGCAGGUGGGCUGGCAGUUGGAAAUCACAACUUCCAACACAGACUGCUGGGCCAGAGAUUGAAGACUCUUUUGACUUUCUUUUUAAAAUCAUCUUGGUUGGUGACUCAGAUGUUGGGAAGACCUGCGUGGUGCAAAGCUUCAAAUCUGGCAUCUUCAUCGAAAAGCAACAAAACACCAUUGGUGUUGACUUUACUGUUCGUACCCUGGACAUUGAUGGCAAGAAGGUGAAGAUGCAGGUGUGGGACACUGCGGGACAGGAGCGUUUCCGCACCAUAACUCAGAGCUACUACCGCAGUGCCCAUGGGGCGAUGGUGGCCUAUGACAUCACUCGACGCAGCACAUUUGAAUCGGUUCCACAUUGGAUCAGGGAAGUGGAGCUGUAUGGAGCUGCCAGUGUGGUGCUGAUACUCAUCGGUAAUAAGUCAGACCUCCACGCUAAGAGACAGGUGCUCUUUGAGGAUGCUUGCAAUCUGGCAGAAAACAGUGGUGUGCUGGCUGCUCUGGAAACCUCAGCCAAGGAGGCCCAGAACAUAGAGGCUGCCUUCAUUCUUAUGGCUCGAGAACUAAUGGCACGCAAUGGUAUGACCAUCAUAAACGAGUCCUCUGAAAACUCUCCUCAGUUCAUGCUGAGUAACAACUCUCACCCGGUCCCUAGUGCCGUGGCUACAGAUAAAAAGUGUGGGUGCCGAGAAGGCUGAAGCAGGGAGUCACUAAAGAGUGGGAAUGGAGGCCUGAAUACUCAAUUUACCUGUUUCUCUACCAGAGAAUGGAUGUUAUUUAAAGAGAAACUGUGUGCUGCAAUGUGUGUGUGAAUAUUGGUUUUGUAUGUUUUGACUUUUUAAUAUUUAACAUGUUGUAAUAUUAUUCUGAGGAUAAUGAAUGUGAUGACAAACCACUCCUCUGCCAGAGGACUCUGUACACAGACUGCAGCACAGUAAACACUAGAGUUUCACAUGUAACCGUUUGUGUUUUUAAUCCCUUUUUUUAAAGGUUCUUUCAUAUCAUAUGGCUUUUGAAGUACAAUUCAAAUCACACAUUGUUAAACCAGUUACAAAUGUAAAAACUGUAUUUUCAGUGGCGCUCUAACUGCAGUCUUCUAACAGAUAUUCACUAUUCAUUAUGUGAAAACCCCUACUGUUAAAUUCCACCAACUUCAGAAAAUAAGACUACUUUUUUCAAAAUAAAAUGUACAUCAAAAAUGAUGUAAUACACUCAUAGCUGGCAACUUAAACAGAGCUUAUACAUUCAUGUUAAAAAAAAUAAUUAGGUAAAAUAUGACAGCAGUAAAAACAAAUCAGGGCCUAUAGGGGUGUAUUUUUUUUUUUUUUGACUGUGCAAAUGCCUGAAGUGGUACUGCCACAAAACUGUCUUUAUACAGCUCUUUCUGAAUCAGUCUAAACUUGCUGGAAAGAUGUAACUGUGGAGGAAUUCCAACUGAAAUCUACCUAUGAGCUUAUCAAUACUUUAAAGUACUAAAAUGUGUAAUUCAACAACUUAAUGUAUGUACUCAAAAACCUGAAUUUUAAAUUCGUUUUAUUUUUAUAUAAAAGGUGACAGGACAGAUAGUCCAUUUAAUUCCUUGA